GCGGACCCCGGAAGCGGAGCGGAGCGGAGGGGGGGAGGUGCCGGCCCCGCCCCGCCGUGUCCGGGCGGCAGAUUGUCCUUUGAUGACAAAUGCACAUUUACUUCACUAUUUUAAUUCUGCUGACAGUUUGGGUAAGGAUGGCUCAGCUCCAGCAAGGAGGCCCGGAUGAAAAAGAGAAGACUACUGCAUUAAAGGAUUUAUUGUCUAGAAUAGACUUGGAUGAACUGAUGAAAAAAGAUGAGCCACCACUUGAAUUUCCUGAUACUCUGGAAGGAUUUGAGUACAUAUUUAAUGAAAAAGGACAAUUAAGACAUGCAAAAACUGGGGAGCCGUUUGUUUUUAAUUAUCGUGAAGAUUUGCAUAGAUGGAACCAAAAGCGCUAUGAAGCUCUUGGAGAGAUUAUUACUAAAUAUGUUUAUGGACUACUGGAAAAGGAAUGCCAUUUGAAAAAAGUAACUCUCCCGGUUGAUGCAAAGGAGAGUGAACCAAAGAGCUUUAUUUUUAUGAGUGAAGAUGCCUUAACAAAUCCUGACAAACUGUUGGUCCUAAUCCAUGGUAAUGGUGUUGUCAGAGCAGGUCAGUGGGCUAGGAGACUUAUAAUUAACGAAGAUCUGGACAGUGGCACACAGAUACCAUACAUAAAGAGAGCUGUUGAGGAAGGCUAUGGAGUAAUAGUACUGAAUCCCAAUGAGAACUAUAUUGAAGUGGAGAAGACAAAAGCCCAAGUACAGCUGUCUUCUGAUAGCUCAGAUGAACCUGCAGAAAAGAGGGAAAGAAAAGAUAAAAUCCAGAAGGAAACAAAGAAGCGACGUGACUUCUAUGAGAAGUAUCGAAAUCCACAAAAAGAAAAAGAAACAAUGCAGAUGUAUAUUAGAGAUAAUGGAUCUCCUGAAGAACAUGCAAUUUAUGUUUGGGACCAUUUUAUUUCCCAGUCAGCAGCAGAGAAUGUGUUUUUUGUUGCUCACAGUUACGGUGGACUUGCAUUUGUAGAGUUGAUGAUUCAACGAGAGGCAGAAGUAAAGAAUAAAGUAACUGCUGUGGCGUUAACAGACUCUGUUCACAAUGUGUGGCAUCAAGAAGCUGGCAAAACUAUUCGAGAGUGGAUGCGAGAGAACUGUUUUAACUGGGUGUCCAGCUCCGAACCGCUGGAUACGGCCGUGGAGUCAAUGCUGCCUGACUGCCCCCGGGUCUCCGCAGCAGAAGCUUCCCUAAUGCAGUGGCUUGUCACCACAUUUCUGCACACAAUGCCUUCCCAGGCUCCAAGUGCAAGCAGGAAACCUCAUGUCAGAUGGUGCACCUUGGUCCUUACUGUGGCGUGGUGAACGUGUAUCUUCCACAGGGUGGGUGAGAAGGCUAUUGUCCUUGCUCACUUCAUCUCUUCUGCAAUAUCUACAGACUCCAGCCCAGCCAGAGCAGAACUCUUCACAUGGUUCUCAGUGACUUUUGGUUAAGCACUUUGUGGGACUGAGGCUGAGUAUUAGCCUUGGCACUCCAAGUUGUUUCCAUAUGCUAUUAGUCAUUUUGAAAAGUAUUUUCUGUUUUAUCCUCAGCACUGCUAUUAAGCCAGAACAUCUAUAGAGAUGGGAUCUGGUAUAUCACUGUGAUCCCAAAAGCUGUAAUUCUGCCAAUCCUCAGAGCCUGUAAGGAGGUAUUUGGACCCCUGAGGGACAUAAUAUGAAAUUCAGUGGCAACACUUAUAUUUGCAUUGCAAUAAUAUACAAAAGAUCAUUUACAUUUCAGCUUGCAUUUUCUGUUCAAAUCCAAAUUUACAGAUUUUGGUAGAAUUUGUAGAAAUGUUCUCUUUCACUUUUGAUCUUUUUUCAUAAGUGCAUAUAGUUUAGGUCAGGAAGGACAUUUCAAUUACUUGUUCUCCACUCAUAUGCAGCUCUUUAUAUUUUGAGCAGAUGUUGUUAUGCUGAAAUAAAAACUUCCAUUUGGUCAA